CCCCCCCAUCCUCUCCGGACGACUCGACUCUCGUCUGCUCGUCUUUCUCUGCGAAUAUCGCCCGCCCCAAACGAGAAGAUUUCCAGAUCUCCUCCCUCCAUUCCCUUCUCUUCCUUCUAUUCUGCUCCGCUCUCUUCUUGGUCCUACUAUUACUUUAUUUCAUCUGGUGAUGAGGAUUAGAAAGUGUGCUUUAAAACUGUUGGGCUCCACGAUCGCCUACUUCUCGCCGCCGCCGCCGGAGCUGCAGCAGCAGCAGCCCAGCUCAUCGCCGGAGUGGGACUCGCACGCUGCUUCUGUCGCCGCCGCCGCCGCCGGGAUUCUCUGCCAGCUGAACCGCUCUCCGUGGGAUCUCAUACCCAAUGAGCAGAAUGUCGUUUCCCAGGAAAACGAGGAUGCCGACCCCAUCGACGACGACGGUAUCAAAUGUGCUCGGAAACCCUUCGAUCCUCCUCUUAUCAAGAGUGGUGUAAGGAAAAAGGUGGAGGAAGAGGAGGAGGAGAAGAAGGUGAAGAAGAAAGUGAAGAGGAAAAGGAUGGAGAAAGGGAUGGAUUCAACUGUUGCUACCGAGACUGAUGAGACCGCUACACCUUUGUGCAAGAAGAGUGAUGGCAAGGGAUGGCACUGCAAAAGACCGGCGCACCUUUCCCACUCGCUCUGCCAAUACCACCUCACCCAGCUCCGCUCCUACACCAACAAUAACAAUCACAGAAAAGCCCUCGACCAGGCAACCGGAGGCGGCGAUAAACAUCGCAAGAAGAGGAAGUCGGACAUAGCCGGAGAUGGCAACAACUUCUACUACUACUAUUAUUAUGGGUUCGGGCCUUGGCGGGGAAAGAGGAGAGGAAGUAGUUGUAGCAGUGAUAAUUUUGGUAACGUCACUGAAGAAGAAGGCAGAGGGAAUUCGGAGUCGGCGGAUGGGCAUAAUGCUCCGGUGAUGGGUGAUGACGAGGAAGAUAGCGAGGAGGAGGAUGGAGGAAAGGGCUGCUGCAACGAGGAGGAUAGGAGUGAUGAUGAUGAUGAGGAGGAGGAGGAGGAGGAGAAGAGGAAUUGCAGGAAGAGAGGAAGGAAGCCCGUGAAAGCUCGUUCUCUCAAAUCUCUGCUAUAGUUAGCGUCUGCUUGUAAUGCAUGUGUAGUUGUAAUAAUGUGCUUUUUUGGAGCGUCCGCGGAUAAUUUCUGGGAGUAUUAGCUGUAGGUGGGGGUCGUUGUGGACUGGAGCCGUUGAUAUGUCUCAAGGAAGGAAAGUACAUGGCUUAGUUUUGUAUCUUUAAUUGCUGGUUAACAUGAUGUUCACAUAACCUGACGGGAGGCCAUCCAGACCUGAACUAAAUUCUGUGCAGUAGCAAUUUGGUCUGGAUUCAAUAAGUAAUAGUCGGAAAAGACUUUGAUGAGCCUAGGCUAGUGGCGAUGCAAAUGAAA